GUAUUUUCGGGAUUUCUAAAUAAACUUCCUGAUUCCUAUUUUGCAGUAUCCAUUCAUCACGAUGGUGUCCUAGAAAUCUUGUUGGUCUAGACUUUCCGGCAUCUUCCAUCUCCCGAUAGCCAUGCGCAUUUCUCGAAUAUUUCGCAAAACGCAAUUAUUUUGAAUUUGUGGUGCCUUUUUGUCGCGUUGGGUAUUUUUACAAUUUUUAUCCGAUAAACAGACACGUUUGUUCUUCGAUAUGAAACUAAUUUUGUUAUUACUUUUUGUUUGGUGUACUUUGAUAUUAAAAAGUGAAAGUGUCAGACUGAAGGCAAACGAGGACUGGAGAGCCAUGGAAAGAGUCAAAAGCUUGGUGUCCAUGUGGGCUCAUAAAAUAGGAGCCAAACUUCAGCAGCUGAGCAAAAAGAUGACAAGAGAAGACGAGGUGGAAAAGAGCUUUGUAAUACUUGAAGACAAACUAGUCCAAGAAGAUGCAGCUGAUCUAAUACACGACGUCGCCUAUGAUAUUGAGACUAUGAUGAAACAAAAAGAAGAGGCAGUUCAUAAUAUUGCUGAUUACAUGGAAUUUAUUCAUUACCAUCGUAAUGAUACACCGUUAUUUGAAAACGGCACCUAUGACUUUUAUAAUGCCGACAAUUUAACUUAUACUGAUCCUACUCCUGAACUAUUGGAAGAUCUGCAUUCUAUUAUUCUUAAUAAUGAAUGCCAUUGGAAAUGUGAACAACCCAGUAAGUCAGAUCUUACAAACAACAAAUUUACAAAUCCAAAAAGAAGGCUUAAACUUUUUGCUCCAAGAGACAAUGAAGAAGGAAGAGAAUGCAACUGUAAGCAUUUACCAGAAAAAGAAAGAUCUUCACAAACCUAUGAGAGUCUGCCAUUAAAACAUGAUUCCCGGUUUGGGACUAAGGUCAACCUUGAUAUUAGUAUUGCUAAGUUAGCAUUAAAUGUAUACAAGAGAGAACAAGAUGUACUAGAAGGACUAAGAUGGUCUGAAGCAUUGGAUUUGGUGUUCAAAGAAAAUUAUAAGAAUGAUCCCACACUUACCUGGCAGUAUUUUGCUAGUCCUAAAGGAUUUAUGAGACAUUAUCCAGCUGUCCAAUGGGAAGAUGAGGACUACAAAAAAACCUAUGAUUUCCGAACACGAACUUGGUACACAGAAGCAUUUACUUCUCCAAAAGAUAUAAUCAUAUUGAUAGACAGAUCAGGAUCAAUAAUUGGAACAAGACGAGCUCUGUCCAAUCAAAUCGUAAACCAGAUAUUAGAUACUCUGAAUGACAAUGAUUUUGUUAAUAUUUAUACGUUUGCAAAUUUUACUGAGCCCCUUGUGAAAUGUUUCAAUGAUACACUGUUUCAGGCAAACGAAGAAAAUCUGAGAUUAUUAAGGCAGGCUAUUCCCGUUUAUGAAGAAAUGUUUGUAGCAAAUUUAACAAUUGGUAUUAGUAAGGCAUUUGAUAUUUUAGAAAAUUUUAGAAGAACCCAAACAAGUGCUAAUUGCAACCAGGCUAUAAUGGUAAUUCAUGAAGGGCUUGAUUAUGACUACGAUAAAGAAAUAUAUGCUAAAAGAAAUUGGAAGAAAAAUUUUCCUGUACGAAUUUUUACUUAUCAAUUAGGUCUAGAUACAACCGAUGCCAGAGAAUUAGAAUGGAUUGCAUGCUCAAAUAUGGGUUAUUGGGGCAAUAUGACAGAUAUGGGGGACAUACGUGAGAAAAUGCUGCAGUACCUAAAUGUUAUGUCCCGUCCCAUAAAUUUAAAAGCUGAUAAGAAUCGAACGUUUAUAUGGAGUUACCUUCACGUAGACCUUGCAGAUAGAAGACUGUCAAACUGGCUGUGGAAAAAAUUUGAGGGCAUACGACAAAGAGAUAUUUUCUUAGAUUACAUAAAAAGGGGUAUUUUUAGACAGAAUUUGAUGUUAACCAGCGAGAACCACAUGCUUUUAAAAGAGGAAUACACUUAUCAAACUUACCUUUCCUACCAAAGAGAUAAAGCUGCAUAUGAUUAUAUGACUACAGUUUCUUUACCAGUGUUUGCAAGGAGACCACAUGAAUAUCAACUGUUGGGAGUAGCAGGUAUAGAUGUUCCUUUAAGUUUAUUUAAACAGCUAAUCCCAUACGAAAGGUUAGGGGUGAAUGGUUACGCUUUUAUUGUUACCAAUAACGGAUAUAUUCUUACACAUCCGGAUCAUCAUACAGAGUUUCAGUAUAUUUUAAAACCUACAUUUAACCGAGUGGAUAUUCUGGAAGUAGAGAUUCUAAAUGACGAUAAAGAACCGAGAUCGUUUGGAGACUCAGUAGUUAAGUUUCGACAAAAACUAGUUAACCAGGAAAGCAGUGUCAACGUAACUCUAAAAGUCAAGUAUGCUUUAAAUGACAAUAAACGGUUGAUGUUUGCACACAGACACUAUUAUUUUGCUGCCAUUGGACCCUUUACACUCUGCGUUGUGUUGCCACAUAAAUACGGAUUUGACAUUGUUAAUAAAACUUUGUUAGAGCGCCCCAGUGUGAAAAGCAGUGCUUCUUCUUUAGCUUCAUCCUACUGGAAAGUACAUCCAGAUUGGAUAUACUGUAAAAAAUGUGUAGGUGAUACCCCAGAAGACAAAGUAAGGUCCGCAUUUAGCUUGAAUGAAAACUCAUCCCUUUUGACUUCACUUUUAUACGAUAUGGAAGCCACAAAAUGGUUUGACGAAUAUGGCGGGUCCGAUCCCGUCGAAGAACAAUUCGUCAUAGAUUAUCAAGUUCACAAAGUAUUUUUAGCCACUUAUUCAGGAUUAACUAGAUGGAGAAACUUUGAAGAUAUCAAUAAUAUUAGGGAAGAAGAUGAAGAUAGUUUUGAGAAGAGGAAUAAUAGAGCUAUAGAUGAGGAUUGGUAUCGGAGAGCUGUGGAAUUGAAUUUCGGGGACGAAAGUAUGUUUAUAUAUUCAGUUCCAUGGGAAACAUCUGGUUAUGAAAAUAAUACCAUGAUUACGAGUACCAAAGCUAUAUUUGUGGAGAAUGGCGAUCUUAAGAGUCCGGUGGCGGUUGUAGGACUUCAAUUCAAUCACAGAGAAAUGUAUGAAUGGUACAAUGAUAUUACAACUCAGUGCAAAGAAACUCGAUGUAAAAUAACCUGCAAGCACAAAGAUCUAAACUGCUAUAUCCUAGACAAUAACGCCUACAUCGUUCUAAGCGAUGAACCCGAAUAUAUAGGAAGAUAUAUCGGAGAUAUCCGACCAGAUAUUCUGUCCGAUCUCAUCGAUGAUCAAAUUUUCAUACCAACAAGAAUGUUUGAUUAUCAAGCAAUUUGCCAAAAGAUUCCUCCCAAAAAAGAACCGGAAGCUGUGCGCAUUCGGAAAAGAAAAGAGAGGAUGGCGGCAAAAAAACCUAAAGCCAGACCUGUGAAGAGUUCUGCUCCGCCUACUGUUGUAAAAAUAAUGAAUCAUUUCUUCGCUUUAAAAGAUUGGAUUGUGACUACAUUUUAUCUUCUCGUUAAUGUAGUGACAGGUCAAGAAGAUGAAAUUUAUAACAGUACUAAAGAGGAGUAUAUAAACUUUGCUAAACUAAUAAUAGAAAAAACAGUGCCAACGCCCUGCGAUCAAGAAAGAUGGUUGUUUAACUUAAAUACUAGUGCCAAAUUUCCAUUUAGUCAUUUUGUAGAAGGAACAAAAUUUCAAUGCAGUUGGCCUUACGUUAUUGAUAAAAUUCCAAACACAAAUUUACUAUUCCUAGCGACAAAUGAUGGAGAAGAAGCUUGCAAAGGCAGAUUUAGUAAUAUAUACUCCAAUGAACCAAAAGAAAUUAUUUAUAACACGUCUCUACCGUGUUAUAUAGCAACAAUGAACAAUUAUACGAGGCGAAUGUAUAUGGAUUGUCACAACAGAAAUAAGAAGGAAGACCAUCUAAAUCAAGAAAAUCGAUAUUACUGCGGACACACAUGGACUUAAAAUUGCGAUAUAAUUGUGAACUAAUUAUUUUAAAUUGUAUUUAAUCUGUUAAAAGAAGUAUAUUCUUUACUUUGUUUUUCAUACUGCUUUUAUAAUUACAAGGAUGUUAUCCGUUUACUUUUUUUACACUCAAUUUAUAUGUGCUUCCAAGAUAAUAGUUCAAAAAAAUACAAAAAUAAAUUCU